UUUGCUGUUGCAAAUAGAGAGCUCGUGCAAUGAUGAGGAAGAGUUCAUACAUUCUGGGGUAUGUGAGGGGACCUCUCAACCUGAGCCCUCGUGUUCCGCUGUCAGAAUAACAGCCAAUAAAAACUACAGGAACAAAACCUCUCAGGAAGGGGCUUUACAAAAGAAGCGGGAGAAAGCACCCCGCCUCAACUGGCCGUCUUACAACUGCAGCGGAUACAAAGGAACGAGGUACACGUGCCAAGAUCCAGCAGAUAGAGCGAGAGUGUGAGAUGGCAGAGAGGGGAACACAGGAUAAAAAUGGAAGUUCUCAAUAAAAAAAAAUGUACCAGGAAAGAAAGCUACAAACUUUUACUAAGGAAUGACCUGUGGCCUCAUUUAACCAGCCGUUUUCAAAUUCACCCUGAGACUUUGGGGGCACCCUCCCUUGUAAUUAAUCUGCAUUGGCAAAGGAAGUCCGGGACAUGGACAGUAUCCUACAGCAGAACUCAACUAGGAAAAUAAAGGUGGUGGGAGUCAUUGAUUUAAGAAUACAUUCAGGGAUGUUAUUUGGAGGUGUCUCUCAGGAUGCAGAAGAAAAAACAAAAAAGAUGAAAAGAAUGACAUGUGCACUCUGCCCCAAAGACCUGGACUGCAGUGUACUGUACUUUGCAGAAAAAGAGAAUAUAGUUGCCCAUGAAAGUUGUUUGCUGUAUUCUUCAGGACUUGUGGAAAAUGACGAUAAUGAUACAUCUAAUCAUGAUAGAAAUUUUGAUUUGGAAUCAGUAAAGAAAGAAAUCAGGAGAGGAAGUAAGUUGACAUGCAAACUUUGUAAAAACAAAGGAGCCACUGUAGGAUGUGACGUAAAAGAAUGCAAGAAGAAUUACCACUUCUUCUGUGCCAAGGAGGAUCACGCGUCUCUACACACCGACUCUCAAGGCACUUACAAAGUAUUCUGCCAAGUCCACAAAUCAAUGACUGAUACUCCAAGAGGUAAUUCUUCAGGAGUGAAAAGAAAAAGAGGGGGGAGCAAACAUCUCUCAACAGACAUUAAGCAAACCGAAAAAACGUCAUUCGUUGGGUUUGAAGGACAAGUAAAGGAAGAGCAUGACAAGCACGCAGAGCUGACUAUGAAAGCUGCUUUCCUAAAGAAAUGUAAGGAAGCGGGACUUCUGAACGACCUAUUUGAAGAAUUAUUAGAGAAACUGGUUUUCAUUCAGGAAGGACUCAUGGAUGACGCCACUUCAGAAGAAGACUAUGAAGAAAUUGGGACUUCACUUUUUGGCUGUAGAUUGUUUGAAGAUACAUUUGUCAGAUUUCAAACAGUAAUAAAUAAAAAAAUCAUUCAAUAUGAAGAGAAGCAGCAGCAGCUGAAGAAGGAGACCGAGCUACUUCAGGACUUGGAACAAACCCUGCAAUCUCUUCAAAAAAACAGAGGCCUCGGGUCAAGCACCACGUCAGCGUCUUCCAUGUCUUUUUAACGGUUACCAUCCCCUAACCCAGGGCUCCGGCAACCUUGCAAGCAGGUUCGAAACCAGAGGCCCAGCUUGCAAAAGCCACACCUCUUCAGGAGCAGGCUUCUCCUCUCUGUUCCGCAAAUGCCACCCACAACAGUUUGCUGAUUGAAAAUCUGAUGCCUGCCCAGUAUACGGUGCCUUUCCCUUAGUAACCCCUCACUUCUUCCCCUAUCGCUCCUCUAAAGUGAAAUGCUUCUGCAAUCCCCCGUGGCCCCGACCCUCCACACAGCAGAUCCUUCAGGGGCUUCCUGCCGGUGCCCCCCACAGGGCCUGGGCACAUUCUGUUCUAGAGUCAGAAUGGCUCGUUCCUCUUUCUUUCCCUGCACCUCUUGCAGAGCCCACUGAAACGACCCCCCCCCCAGGCCGCCGCACAGUGCCUUUCCUUGCUGUCUCACUUGGUGUGAAUAAUUGGCUGUAUCUCACAUGACAUCAGAGUUGAAGCUCUCUGAGGACAGAGACUCCUUAUCUGCUAGCUCACAAUUAUCAUUCUGUUUAGCUCACUAUCCUAUCCCAAGCACCUAACAGGCUCAAUAAAUAUUUGUUGAAUAAAUGCAGAAAACCA